GCAACCACAGGUAGCCUUCAGUUCUCAUGAGGAGAACAAUAAAUCCCCCUUAAGGCUCCAACAGUUCUGCUGCUGACAACAAUCAGAACACGAAAUCCCCCUGAAGGCUCAAACAGUUCUCCUAUGAGAACACGAAAUCCCCUCGAAGGCUCAAACAGUUCUCCUAUGAGAACACGAAAUCCCCCUGAAGGCUCAAACAGUUCUCCUAUGAGAACACCAAAUCCCCUCGAAGGCUCAAACAGUUCUCCUAUGAGAACACGAAAUCCCCUCGAAGGCUCAAACAGUUCUCCUAUGAGAACACCAAAUCCUCUGUCCAACACCAAAUCGUGUGAAAUUUAAUUUUUUUAUUAUUAGUUCAAGUGGCGUCGAGAUUCGAGCCGGGUUAAGCCGUGCUGUCAGAUCGCGCACACUUGAAAUAAGCUCUCUUUCCUCUUGAUCGUCGACGCGACCGGACGUGCUUAUCGUGUGAGCAACAUCUGCGCUUUUUUUGGUGAUCAUUUUGGGAAAAACCCUCGCGUGCAUCGACAAACCACCGCAAAACUUUGUCCGACCGUCUCUUCUAUUAGUGCGGACCCGAACCAGGCUCUGAAGUGGAUCCGAACCAGACCGUGUGUGGCCUCAUAUAACGUAAAAAAAUCCAAUACGGCGACCUUUCAAGUUCUAAGACACCACCUCUCUAUUUGAUACGGCAUUGACGUUCGCAAGUGCGUAAUAACAGGAAUGAUCAUGCUUUUCCGUACGCUAUCACCCUCUUCAUCGUUUCUGUUGACGCCGCAAGUGCUACCAAUUAUCACCAUCAUCAUCAGAUGCAGAUAGGCAACAACAGCAGCAUCCGGUACAUCAUGUACCGCCGGUGCAAGUACCUCGAAAAUUGUCCUUCUUUCUCUGCGUUGGUCCUUCUGCUAGCACGCGUGCUAGACAAGGGGCUAGUUGAGGCACGUUCACUAAUUUUAGAAACCGAAAUGAGUUCUUCAAGUAGAAGAUGGAUCGUUGCUAUGCUUUUGCUCGUUUGCCUACAAUCACCACUAACAACUGCCUCGCUUUUGGAAUAUAUUUGGCCUGCGCAGGGGGACACGGGCGAUCGAUACUUUUCCGGGAGUACCGUAUGAGCUGAGGAAGAGUUCAUACGGGAAGCAUCGAAAUGGAUCGGAAUGACGCUGUCCAAACUGGAUCUCUGUCAUCAUCGGAUCGUGUUGAAGCUGAAGAAAUCCUGCCACGAACUGAACGGAGAGCAAAUGGGGAAGUUGGCGGUGAUGCUGCUCAACUGUCAGUCCGAUUCCGAGGGCCGGCCUCUGUUUCCAUGCACGGAUGAGAUGUCGUUGCGCCAGUGCAGGGAACGGAUGGAUUCUGAUACGUGGAACGCCUAUCAUCUGAUCACGAACCGUGCCAAAGCAGUAUGUGCGAGCGUACGGCAUGAACAGUUUCGUGGAUUAACGGAGCUCACGGUGAAUAAGUUGAUGAGCACGGCCCACGAGCUGCUGCGGAUGAUGGGUGAGCUAGCGGACAGUCAACAGAAGCUGCAGAGCGUUACUCGGGAAGCUAUCGACGAGACGGUGGGCAACAACGAGUGCAUUAUGCACCAGCAAGUUGACAUCAUGAAACUGUCCGAGGUGCAUCGGGCAAAGGUCGAGUCCAAUUUCUGCGAACUGGUGCGCGAGAAAAGUUUAAUCCGAGCCGAGCAGCAGGAGGUGGCCGUAUUGUUGACAGAUUUGCGCGCUCGGAUCGAUGGUAGCAUGAGGCAGCUAGAGCAACAGCCCAAGCGCAGCAAGGUAAACCACGAUUCCCUGUUGACCGAUCUAGAGCGUUUGCAGGCAAACGCAGCCGCCAUCGCGACCAAGAUUGAUGAAACCGGGAUUCAUUUUGUCGAGCAUCACCGUGUGGCAGAGCAGCAAUACCGCUACACGUUGGAGCAGUUGCAGCGUAUCAACGCAACCGUUGCUAAUGUGCUACAAUCUUUGGGCAGUGUACGAGACGAUUUCAACCGGCAGCUAGCAUGGUUUGCGGAGAAGAUUAGUGGCGGUGAGAAUGCACUCCAGAAGGCGUACAUCAUCUUACUGCACUUUAGCUUUCUGCUUGUCGGAAUGAUCUGUCUAGCCUUCGUUGGGGCAGAUAAACUGUUGCGUAUUGCACUAAUCGUGGCCGUUCCUUGCAAUAUGAUUGGAGGACUGUUGGAUUUGUUUCAACCGGAUAUUUCGCGGCUGUUCAUUGCGCUGGGUUGUAUAGCCUUCAUAGUUCAUAAUAAAUCCUAGUUUUUUAAAAUUAAAA